CCAACGCAUGAGCAACAUCUCGCUGUCCUCCGGCACGGACUCCGUGGGCCACAUGGAUCGCGGCAGCAGCUCCAGUCUCGCUAGCAGCGCCACCGUUGGCACCAACACCAUCACCAGCGGCAUUUCCAAGGAGUGCGCCAAUUACCCCGUCGGCAGUCAGUCGGCCCGUCCAUACGUCCAGCUGCCGGGCAUACACAUUUCCAACCCUCCCCAGUACGGGCCAGGGAAUAUGCAGGAAAUAGACGCUGGCAAAAUGGCGCACAACGGCAAGGCACUCACAGGGCGCUACAAUGCCACGCCCACCUAUGGCUUUGACAACGAGCAGAACUACUGCCUGGUAAGGGGCUCUUGCAUAUCUGUAAAUCUAGCCGAUUCUCCAAUGCCCCCUCCACCAUACGCCUUGGCACGCGUGAGCAGCACACGCAACUUCGAGCUCGAGAACCACACACCGCCGGCAUGUCCCGGCUCUGGACCCAUUGCCAUGACGAACGGCACCAUCCAGUUGCGCUUCCGCGAUGGCGUGCGCAUUGACAUGACUCUGGACAAGGCGGUGCGCGUGCUCAAUCAGCGCAGCAUGGUGGCAGUUGCUCUAUCACGCAACUGCAGCAACUCGGCUUUGAUCCACCCCAAUGGACGCAUCUUGCAGAGCGGCACUAAGGUCGAAAUAGUCACCUACGACGGCAUGAAGGGCAAUAACUUUGUUCUCUAUGCCAAGAUGUGGUACAAGGGUGUGAGCUUCACCAGCGAGGCGUGCGCUCUCAUCUACUUCGAUGGAUCCUGUUUCAUUGUACGCAACGCCGGACACUCCGCCGGCUUCAAUGAGAACAACCUGCUCAUUGUCUACUGAGCGGCGUUCGUAGUCCGGAGAUAGAAGCGGCGCAGUGGUAGCCCAUCCCACACGCACACACUCACACAUGUCAACACAUUUCACCUGGAACACAUACAUAGACAC